AUGGAUCUAAAUUCAGUACAAGAUCUCAAGGACGUCCUGCGACCUGAUUUCUUUCAUGGCUAUGCCACAGCAGCCGCUCAAAUAGAAGGUGCCUGGGAUACAGACGGUAAAGGAGUGUCUAUAUGGGACACCUUCGGACACACACCAGGCAAGAUCGCCGAUGGAAGCACCGCUGACGAUGCCGUCCGGGCUUAUGAUUUUUACCGGGAAGAUGUGGCCCUUAUGAAGAGCUACGGGGUCAACGCCUAUCGAUUCUCUCUAGCCUGGUCCCGGAUUAUUCCACUGGGUGGCCGCGAUGAUCCAGUCAAUGAGAAAGGUAUCCAGUUCUAUUCGGAUCUCAUUGACGAGCUUCUUCGCAACGGAAUCACUCCAUUCGUCACUCUUUUCCAUUGGGAUAUCCCACAGGCAUUGGAAGACAGAUACGGGGGCAUGCUGAACCAAGACGCCUACACCCCGGAUUUUGUGCGCUAUGCCCGCGUCUGCUUUGAGCGCUUUGGCGACCGGGUCAAGCAUUGGAUCACCUAUAAUGAGCCAGGUGUAUACACGCUCGCCGGAUAUGCAGCAGGCGUGCAUGCCCCUGGCAGAUCAUCCUUCAGGGAGCGGAAUGCGGAAGGUGAUUCAUCCACCGAGCCGUUCACCGUGGCUCACACCGAACUAGUCUCGCAUGCUCAUGUAUCACGUCUGUACCGCGAGGAGUUCAAGCCUCGGCAAAAUGGCACCAUUGGUAUAACUUUGCAUGGAAACUGGUCUGAAGCCUGGGACGAACAAGACCCACGGGACCAGGAAGCUGCAGAACGGGCACGCGAGUUCGAGAUCGCCUGGUUUGCAGACCCCCUUUACAAGACAGGUGAUUACCCUCAAUCAAUGCGUGCACAGCUAGGUGAUCGGUUGCCACAUUUCACGGCCGAGGAAUCUCAACUUGUGUUGGGUAGUUCCGAGUUCUAUGGCAUGAACAGCUACACGACCUUCUUCACCAAGCAUAAAACGUCACCUCCAGACAUCAACGAUCACAAAGGGAAUGUGGAGAUCCAUGACGAAAAUAAACAAGGGGUGCCUCGUGGCGAGGAGAGCGAUACCCCCUGGCUGCGAGCUGCGCCAGGAGGGUUCAGGAAAUUGCUGAAUUGGAUCUAUAAGCGAUACCAAAUGCCCAUCUAUGUCACUGAGAACGGAACCACCGCCAAAGGGGAGAGUGCACCCACACCCGAGGUCCUUGAUGACCACUUCCGGAUCAAAUUCUUCGAGGGUUAUGUUGGAAAUGCGCUCGCGCGAGCUGUGAAGGAGGACGGGGUUGAUAUCCGUUCUUACUUUGCUUGGACAUUCACUGAUAACUGGGGUAAGUCAACCUGCUGCGUCUCACAAACAAGCAACUAA